AUGAGGCGUAAAAAGCAUUUUCACCAUCUAGACGAGUAUGGAGUUGACUUGAUACUUGGCCGCAAUGGAUUUAUCUGUAUUGGGGAGCAUGAGGUAGGAUCUGUAUCGGGGAGCAUGAGGAUAGCAAAUGCCAUCAGGGUAUUCUCUGCUUUUGGCUUCAUGGUAUCUGUAGAGGAUGUAAAUGAGACAGUUGACUUGAGCUUGUCUUUGGGAUAUGGUGUAUAUGAGAUGCUUGGAGCAGAAUACCAUUAUGAAGUUGUUGAUAAGAAGCUGUUACGAAAGAACUUCUUGAAAAAGAAGAGGAUAGUUUAG